CCCCUCCAGUCAAGACCUUUCUCCCAACUACCCCUACCAAUCCCCAGAGGAUCUAGAGAGAGAAAGCUACACAACAAUAGUUUUUGUUUUCACCGAAGACUACUCUCGAAUCUUCUGUAUUCUAGUCGGCAAGGGGUUGUUUGGUAGUUGAAUUGUUUGGAUAUUGGGUGGAAAAAAUGCAAUCCAACUCCGUUAAGAUAUCGGCGUUUGAUCUGAUGAGCGCGCUUCUCAACGGCAAAAUUUUUGACACAUCGAACGCAUCGGAAUCGGGAGAAUCCAUGAUUCCGCCUUCGUUGGCGAUGCUUAUGGAGAACCGUGAGCUGUUGAUGAUACUUACGACGUCUGUUGCUGUGUUGAUUGGAUGUGUUGUCGUUUUGGUGUGGCGGAGAUCGUCCACGAAGAAGUCGGCUAAGGAAUUGGAGCCACCUGUGAUUGUGGUUCCGAAGAGAGUGCAGGAAGAGGAAGUUGAUGAUGGUAAGACUAAAGUUACGGUUUUCUUCGGCACGCAAACUGGAACAGCUGAAGGUUUUGCUAAGGCACUUGUUGAGGAAGCUAAAGCUCGAUAUGAAAAAGCGGUCUUUAGAAUAGUUGAUUUGGAUGAUUAUGCUGCUGAUGAUGAAGAGUAUGAGGAGAAACUAAAGAAAGAAUCUCUGGCCUUCUUCUUUUUGGCUACAUAUGGAGAUGGUGAGCCAACUGAUAAUGCUGCCAGAUUCUAUAAAUGGUUUACUGAGGGUGAUGAGAAAGGAGAAUGGCUUAAAAAGCUUCAAUAUGGAGUAUUUGGCCUUGGCAAUAGACAAUAUGAGCAUUUCAACAAGAUCGCAAAGGUGGUGGAUGAUAAGCUUGUUGAGGCAGGUGCAAAGCGCCUUGUUCCUGUUGGCUUAGGAGAUGAUGAUCAAUGUAUAGAAGAUGACUUCACUGCAUGGAAAGAGUUAGUGUGGCCUGAAUUGGAUCAAUUACUUCGUGAUGAAGAUGAUACAACUGUUGCCACUCCCUACACAGCUGCUGUUUCAGAAUACCGAGUUGUGAUUCAUGAAAAACCAGACUUGUUUUCUGAAGAUUAUAGUCAAACAAAUGGACAUACUGUUCAUGAUGCUCAACAUCCAGUCAGAUCCAAUGUUGCUAUCAAAAAGGAGCUCCAUACCCCUGAAUCCGAUCGCUCAUGCACUCAUUUGGAAUUUGACAUCUCCAACACUGGCCUAUCAUAUGAGACUGGGGACCAUGUUGGAGUGUACUGUGAGAAUCUAAGUGAAGUUGUGGAUGAGGCUGAAAAAUUGGUAGGUUUACCGCCAGAUACUUACUUCUCAGUCCAUACCGAUAAAGAAGACGGAACACCACUCGGUGGAGCCUCCUUGCCGCCUCCUUUCCCGCCAUGCACUUUAAGAAAAGCAUUGGCUUCCUAUGCAGACGUUUUGACUUCUCCCAAAAAGUCUGCUUUACUUGCCCUAGCUGCUCAUGCUACUGAUCCUGAUGAAGCCGAGAGACUGAAAUUCCUUGCAUCUCCUGCUGGAAAGGAUGAAUAUGCUCAGUGGAUAGUGUCGAGCCAAAGAAGCCUUCUUGAAGUCAUGGAGGCUUUCCCUUCAGCUAAGCCUCCACUUGGUGUUUUCUUUGCAUCCGUUGCCCCUCGCUUACAACCCAGAUACUACUCAAUUUCUUCCUCCCCAAAAAUGGCACCAGAAAGGAUUCAUGUUACUUGUGCAUUAGUGUAUGAGAAAACACCAUCAGGACGUGUCCACAAAGGAGUUUGUUCCACCUGGAUGAAGAAUGCAGUGCCAAUGACAGAAAGUGAAGAUUGUAGUUGGGCACCUAUUUUUGUUAGAACAUCAAAUUUCAGACUUCCAUCUGAUCCUAAAAUCCCAAUUAUUAUGAUUGGUCCCGGAACCGGAUUGGCUCCUUUUAGGGGUUUCCUUCAAGAAAGAUUAGCCCUAAAGGAAUCCGGAUCCCAACUCGGAUCAUCCAUUUUAUUUUUCGGAUGCAGAAAUCGCAAAGUGGAUUUCAUAUAUGAAAACGAGCUUCAUAAUUUUGUGGAGACUGGAGCGCUUUCCGAGCUUGUUUUAGCCUUCUCCCGUGAAGGUCCGACUAAGGAAUACGUUCAACAUAAGAUGACUCAAAAGGCUUCGGAUCUAUGGAACUUGCUUUCUGAAGGAGCGUAUUUGUAUGUAUGUGGUGAUGCCAAAGGCAUGGCUAAAGAUGUACAUCGAACACUCCACACUAUUGUCCAAGAACAAGGAUCUUUGGACUCUUCAAAGGCGGAACUUUAUGUGAAAAAUCUACAAAUGUCGGGAAGAUACCUUCGUGAUGUUUGGUAAUAGCAAUCAGUUCGUAUUAGGCCAACUUAUUCGUAAUUAAGCAAAAAAAAAAACGUAUAAUGAUGGGAAACACAAUUUGAUGUGUACGGAAAUUCUUUCAUAUUCUUGUGUAUGUGUUACUUUUUGUAACUUAUUAUUGUUGGAAUGUUUUUUUUUUC